CUUUUGCAUUAUUUCUUGCUAUCGUCAAUAUUCUGGAUGAAUGUUCAAGCUGUAAAAAUGUACUAUUUACUUGUGAAAGUCGUUAAUAGUUACGUGUCACACUUUCUUUUUAAGGCUUGCUUGUUUGCAUGGGGUUUACCAGUGAUAAUUGUCUCGGUGUCUGCAUUUGUUGACCUUGAUAGCUAUGUGGAUUUUGAAAAGUAUUGUUUUCUGACACUCCAACGUAUGUACUACUCUGUAGCAAUUCCUGUCGCUCUAUCCUUACUUUUCAACACGACCGUAUUCAUUCUGGUUUUGCAUAGUUUAAGGCAGGUCGGAAAAAACAGAACUCAAUCUACCAUAAAAGGAAAGGAAACCAGACUCAGUGGGAUUCAGAUGAUGAGAAUUGGAGUGAGCAUUACAGCAGUUUUCGGCUUAACGUGGUUGAUCGGUUUCUUUUCCAUCGGAGAUGCUUCCGAAGUUAUGCUGUGGAUUUUUUGUAUUCUUAAUUCUUUCCAAGGGUUACUUAUCUUCGUAUUUAUGCGUUGGAAAUAAGGAAUUACCUUCUUACCAGGGGUGGCGCCAGUGGGGGAGGGGAUGGCCGUCCGGGAGAAAAAAAAUUGUAUGUAUUUUCUACAUGUUAGUAGACUCUAAAAUCGAUUAAAUAAGCAUUCUGAAACCCCUAUUUUGUCAAAAUGUUCGGACCACUUUCGAAACCUUUUAAUCAAAGCUCGACCACGCCCACUUUGC